AUGGUGAAGGACAACAGCAGGGAGAGAAGUGACAUGGUGAAGGACAACAGCAGACAGAGAAGUGGCAUGGUGAAGUUCAACAGCAGGGAGAGAAGUGACAUGGUGAAGGACAACAGCAGGCAGAGAAGUGACAUGGUGAAGGACAACAGCAGGGAGAGAAGUGACAUGGUGAAGGACAACAGCAGGGAGAGAAGUGACAUGGUGAAGGACAACAGCAGACAGAGAAGUGACAUGGUGAAGGACAGCAGCAGACAGAGAAGUGACAUGGUGAAGGACAACAGCAGAACGGAGUCUGAUUCCCGCGGGCCGUCGCUACGGGGUGAGGAAGCCAGGCAUGACCCCCAGGGCCGUCGCUACGGGGUGAGGAAGCCAGGCAUGACCACCAGGGCCGUCGCUACGGGGUGA